GCCACUCCCCUUAUCCCUCUCGUCUUGGUACAUCUCAUUCAAACUUCGGAACGUUCUAAAACCGAACGCGCGGCGGUUAGAAGCACAAGAUCGUGAGAGGGGCCUACGUUGUAGACUUGCAAAGUUUUCCCAAGAUGGAGAAGUUUGGAGAGCUGAAAAUUGGAAAAAAACUGAAUGAAGGAAAGACCAAGGAAGUAUAUGAACUGUUGGAUUGUCCAGGGCAAGUUCUGAUUCAGUCCAAGGACCAGAUUACAGCUGGAAAUGCAGUCAGGAAAGAUCAGAUGGUGGGCAAGGCUGCGAUAUCUACUAAAACCACUGUUUCUAUCUUCAAACUGCUGCAGGAUGCUGGCAUAAAGACUGCGUUUGAGAAACAGUAUGGGGAAACAGCAUUUGUGGCAGCAAACUGUCAAAUGAUUCCUAUUGAGUGGGUCUGUAGAAGAAUUGCCACUGGCUCUUUUCUGAAGAGAAAUCCUGGUGUAAAGGAAGGAUACAAGUUCUGUCCUCCAAAGAUGGAGAUGUUCUUUAAGGAUGAUGCUAACAACGAUCCACAGUGGUCUGAAGAACAACUAAUUCAAGCGCAAUUUAACUGUGGGGGAUUGCAGAUUGAACAGUGUGAAGUAGACAUCAUGACUCAUACCACUUUGGCUGUGUUUGAGAUAUUGGAGAAGGCAUGGGCCACUCAAGACUGUACUCUGGUGGAUAUGAAAGUAGAAUUUGGAGUUUGUGCUUGUACCAGGGAGAUUUUACUUGCAGAUGUCAUUGACAAUGACUCAUGGAGACUAUGGCCUCAGGGGGAUCGAAAACUGCAAAAGGACAAACAGGUUUAUCGUGAUCUCAAAGAAGUGACACCUGAAGCCAUACAAAUGGUUAAGAGAAACUUUGAGUGGGUGGCAGAAAGAGUGCAGGACUUGCUGGUGGCAAAGACCUCUGGAAGAGUGGUAGUGAUUAUGGGAUCCCGUAGUGAUCUUGACCACAGCCAAAAAAUUAAACAAGCUUGUGCAAACUAUGGUAUACCAUGUGAACUACGUGUUUCAUCCGCUCAUAAAGGAACAGAUGAAACACUAAAGAUUAAAGCAGAAUAUGAAGGUGAUGGAGUUCAGACUGUAUUUGUUGCAGUUGCUGGUAGAAGUAAUGGUUUAGGACCAGUGCUGUCUGGAAACUCCACUUGUCCUGUAAUAAACUGUCCUCCCAUUUCUGCUGAUUGGGGUGCUGAAGAUGUUUGGUCAUCACUCCGCAUGCCUAGUGGUCUUGGCUGUUCCACUGUCCUUUUUCCGGAAGCAGCUGCCCUUUUUGCUGCUCAGAUCUUUGGUCAGUUCAAUCACUUGGUGUGGGCAAAGUUGCGGGCAAACAUGUUGAGUACUUGGAUUUCUUUAAAGCAAGCUGACAAGCAGUUGAGAAACCUGUGAUUAAAUAAGUGUAUUACUUGAUGUUUUCACACGUACAAUUUUGGAGUGAAGAUUUAAUUUUUGAAUUAAAGUUUGUACCCAGUUAUCUAAUUUCAAUCCUUUCAUUUCAUUGUAUUGUUCAAAGUUUAACAGAUUAAUGUCAAUUAUCAAUGCAAUAGAUUGGAGAAGUGAACUGUACACUACUCCAUAUGUGAUCUUUUUAUUGCAACAACCUUCCUCUUUGUAUUGUGACCGUGUUGUUACAGCAACAUGUUAUGGACUGCUGCUACAGAAUCAGUUUGAUUUUCCUCAUUUUAUUCUAUGAUCUAAACUAUUACAAUGGAUUUUUUUCAACUGAAUGAGCCUGCUUGAAACUUGCUUUAAUAAAGCAUAUGUUUAGAGAACUGCAA